UCCUUAUCGGCAGGUGGCAUCGUGUUUGAUUACAUUAGUGAGAGUUUUUGGGGUUGUUGCCCAAACGAUUUUGAUGGGCUCCAAGUCGUAAAUGACAUGCACGAAGACGCUGAAUCAGAUACCUUCAUUGAAAAUCUCGCAUCAGCAGAUAUCAUUUUCCCUGUCACAGAGGAGCGAGAGACACAGUUAACGUUCUCUGAGAUUAGGUACACUUUUCACGAGAUCGUAAAAACGCAUGGUUACGUGCUGAUUGGUCGCAUAGAUCACUUCAACAAGAAAGCCAAGAGUUUGGUAUUACGAUCGCUUUAUGAUUCGUGGCCCAUAUUUACAUUGACCUUUCUUCUUGCUGGAAUAGCUGGGAUUUUUAUUUGGGCAUUGGUAAGUUGUAAAUAGUUUGACGAGGACUAUUAAAUAUCUGAGUAAUUUUUGAUUACAUGUUUCAUCAUAUUUUCGUUCGUUGAGUUUUACAUUACCGCAGUUCACAUAAUCUCCAUUCCAUGCUUCCUUUCAGUGUUGAUUUUUUAUACACUUUAUUACAAAAUACGAUCAUUAUAUAUAUCACCAAAGGCAUUUAUAAAACCAACAACACAAAAAAGUGUGAAAUACAGUGUGGUAAGAGAUUUCAAGGUGCUUCCGUGGUUCGCCCAGUGCCGAAUUACGUUGUGAUUUACAGGUUUUACAACUGAGGAAAGAGGAAGAAGAACUUUUAAUGCAAUUUUCCCGAAUUAUUAUAGUCACGUCUCCUUGUAGUAAAGAUGUAAUUUGUUUUAAUUUUCAUAACAAGUAACAUUUUCUAAAAAAGAAAAAAUUGUUUGAUCUAAUAUUCUCGCCAAUUUUAACUUAACCGCCCCUGCAAUAGCCUUGAUAAUAUAAAGUUCUUCGCUGAAGAACCACUUGAAAAAAUUCUGUGGAUAACAGUACACUAGCUUUCAGAAGGGCAAUUAAAAAUAAUGACAUGUUUUAUGAUUUGCAUUGAAGGAAUAUCAUGUGAAAAACGAAGAAUUCCCAUUGUCGUUUACAAGAGGUUCUUAUGAAGGUUUUUGGUGGGCAUUUAUCAGCAUGACAACAGUUGGGUAUGGAAAAUUAAAUUAACAUAGCAAUAAUAAGGCCUAUUUGUGAUGACGAUGAGUAAGUUGUUAUGAUAGUCAAACCAUUGUUGACUUUACGCUUACAUGGAUCAGCAAGAUCACAUUCUUCAAUACUGAAAAUUGUACUGGAAAACAGAAGAGGCCAAGUAUUAGGUGGCCGAUGCCCGACUCGCGUCGUACCUAGCCUGUGUGGCUGGCGGUUUUUUUCAGGUGUGUCUUUUCUUUUGUUCAUGUGGUUUGUAAAGGAGGAGAUACAACCGUGCGAAAGCCGAACCGAGAACGAAAAAGAAAAAGAUGGGAGAGGAGGAGAGGAGAUUCUCUCCUCACCCCCUCCCCUCCCCCAUCGUUUUCUGUUUUAACCUUGGUCCAGCAUUAGUGCCUCUGUUACUUUGAGAACCACAAAAGAACACCGCCCCCCCCCCCCAAAAAAAACGCCAGCUACGCAGGCUACGGGGAAACUUUGCCGUGCCUUUAUUCCUAAAUACAAGGUUGAAAUAAGAGAGGGUGUGUUACGCCGCAAAAUGUAACAUUAACGAGAAAUGUAACAUUAACCCGAAAUGUAACAACUUUUGACGCAAAAUGUAACAACUUUUUAACGCGAAAUGUAACAACUUUUUGACGCAAAAUGAAACAAUAUUUUUAACGCGAAAUGUAACAAACAAAAUGUUACAGCCUUGAAAUAACUGAGAGACUUGGACAUGAGCCUUGUAGAUAAAGUGUAAAUUGUCUGGUGGUUACAAAAACAGUUUAUUCAUAAAGUUUUCUUAUGUCAAAUAAACUUACAAAAGGUCGUAAAACAGGUGAUAAAGUUACAAGUCAUGUAUGUAUAACCUUGGAAUAGCAGUAUGGACAAUAACAACAACACUAACAUAGCAUGCGUGGGGUCGGUGUGCGGUGGCACGUUUUGUGAGGAGCGUAGUUUCUGUCCCUUUACGCCAAUUUUAGAGAACUUUAUACCACCUUGACAUAAUAAUUCAACGUUUAAACACUUGCUGAAGUAUUAAAUGCAGAAAUUAGGAGGAAAACACAAACGAGGAGCUCGAGGAUCAGUGGAGGAAGAAGAACCAUCGACACUUAAAAGAGCCAACAUGGCGGAAUGUCAAGAGGAAGAGGCCGCGGAGUUAGUGGAAGCGACAAAUGAAGCAAUAAACGCCGAAGGUGAGCCAAGUAAUGCAGAACUAAGGGAGAUGUUGGUAGACAUUCAAAUAAAUACUGCAACUAUCCUACGCGAAAACAAAACAAUCAGAAGCGAAAUGACCGAUCUCAAGCGCACAAUUCAACAUCAAACAGACGAUAUAACUGCGUUGAAAUCAUCUCUAGAACAUAUAACGAAGCAGUACAACGAGGUAGAACGCGAGCUGGUGGCAGCAAGAAAGAAAAUUCAAGAGCAGGAAGAAGAAAUUGGUGAAUUGUACGAUCUUCAAGACAAACUAGAACAAUACACGAGGAAAAACUCAAUAGAAAUACAUGGUGUACCAGAAUGCGCCUACACCGAGACGGAAGACGUGGUGUUAAAAUUAGCGGAGGCCCUAGAUGUAUCGGUGGAACCAAAGGAUAUCGAAAUAUGUCACAAGCUGAACAGGAAGGGUAACAAACCAAUUAUUGUAAAAUUUAUAAGCCACAAGGUCAAAACAAAUCUAUACAGGGCUAGGGCUAAGCUAAAAAAUGUCAGAGUUUCUAACAUCUUCCCGCAGUGCUCGUCGUCAACUCUAGUGCAAGCCGACAGAUUUUUAAACGAGAAUCUUACCUCGUACAGAAAAAAAAAAAUAAUGAAUCGGGCAAACGAGAUGCGGAGAAAUGAUGAAUUGUUGAGUGUCUGGUCAAUGGAUGGAUCAAUAUAUGUCAAGACCUCUCCGCAGGGUAAGCCGGUCAGAAUUAACGAGCUGGAAGACUUAGAUUAUCUUUAAAUGUCCAAUCGGCCAAGGAAGACAAAAACUGUAACUUACAUUUGGGACAGGAACAAAAAACGCAAAGUUCGGAGAAGAAGAAGGGAAACGCUCAAAAACUACUUUAAUUUACGUUUUGUAUAAUUUUAGUUUUGUUUGCUUCUGUAUUUUUUUUUUUUAAAUUUGCAUAUAUAUUCUUCUUGUUUUUUUUUUUUUUUGUUUUUUAUUGUAAUGCAAGAGAAGGCAAAAUACGAUAUACUUUCUCUAAACGUAAGGGGAAUAAGAGAUCAAGCCAAACGGAGGAGCAUUUUUCUAUAUCUCAAAGAUCAUAACUCAAAAAUUUAUUUCUUGCAAGAAACUUACUCUCAACCAGAAGAUGAAAUUAUUUGGAAAAACGAAUGGGGAGGUGAAAUAUUUUUCUCUCACGGAUCCAGGCAUAGUAAAGGUGUUUGCAUUCUUUUACACCCUACGGUACAAAAUAAGAUCGAUUACUCAUUCAGUGACAAGUCCAUUAUCUUAUGAAGAAUGCAAAAAAGCUUUAGACACUUUUCAAAACAACAAAGCUCCAGGAGAAGAUGGUUUCACGGUUGAAUUUUAUAUGUUUUUUUUCGAUCUGCUAGGACACGAUCUUGUUGCUAGUUUCAAUGCGGCCUAUGAUGCAAAUGAACUCACCAUUUCACAACGAAGAGGCGUUAUUACUUUAAUUCCCAAAGAAGAUGGCUCGCUACUAGAACUUUCAAACUGGAGACCGGUAACACUGCUAAAUGUUGAUUGCAAGAUAGCAACUAAGGCAAUAGCAAGGAGAAUAGAACCAUUAUUACCAAAUCUAGUGCACACUGAUCAAACCGGUUUUAUCAAAGGAAGAUAUAUCGGGGAAAAUAUUAGGCUAAUAAUCGACAUAAUGGAACAUACGAAGUCAGAAAGCAUACCUGGCAUUCUAGUAUCUCUAGAUUUUCGGAAAGCUUUUGAUUCUCUAGAAUGGUCGUUCAUGAUGAAAGCACUGGAUAUAUUCAAUUUCGGAACAAGUAUAAAAAGAUGGAUCAGUACAUUCUAUACAAAAAUUGAGAGCGCGGCGAUAAACAAUGGUUUCAUGACCAACUGGUUUAGACCGUCAAGAGGAGUGCGACAGGGUGUCCCCUUUCUCCGUACUUAUUUGUGCUUUCCACGGAGAUAUUAUCCAGCAAAAUCAGACAAGAACCAAGUAUAACAGGAAUCAAAAUAUUCGGGCACGAAAUCAAAUUGAGCCAAUUCGCAGACGACACAAACCUUUUCUGUGCAGAUUUGAUCUCCGUUGAAAAUGCUUUGAAAACGGUGGGAGAUUUUGGGAGGCUAGCGGGUCUCAAGUUAAACAUAAAGAAAUCGAAAGCAAUUUGGUUGGGAAAAUGGGAAAAAAAAACAAAAGUUAUCCUUUACAACUAAAAUGGUUACAUAGUCCGGCUCGCCUCUUAGGAAUUCAUGUCUCUUAUGAUGAGAAGGGUAACAAUGAAUUGAACUUUAAUCUGAAAAUACGAAAACUUCAAACAAAGCUGGAUAUGUGGAGAUCUAGAGACCUCACACUAUUUGGGAAGGUACUGAUAAUUAAGUCCCUAGGAUUGUCACAAUUAAUUUAUUCAGCUUCAAUUCUUAAUGUUCCCGAAGAUAUCGCAAGCACAGUGAAAACAAAGUUUUUUAGUUUCUUAUGGAAAAACAAAAGGGAUAAAAUUAAACGAACUGGGCUCUAUCAGGAUCUUGGAAGAGGCGGAAUACGUAUGGUAGACAUCGACAUAAUGUUUAAAGCUCUAAAACUAGCCUGGAUUCCAAGAUUACUGACUCCAGGGAACCAGAAUUGGAAAACAGUUCCUGAUUACUACCUAAGAAAAUUCGGAGGUUUGAACUUUUUACUGAGAUGUAACUACGAUGCGAAAUACAUAAAAUCUAUUCCAUUGUUUUACCGAAAUAUUCUAGUAUACUUCAGUGAAUUAAAAACUCUGUACAGCUUUGAUCAAGCACAAAAUAUAAUUCUAUUCAACAACAAAGAAAUACUUGUUGACAGUAAAACCUUUUUUAUCAGGGAAUGGUUUAAAAAAGGUAUCCUGUCAAUACAAGAUCUCUUACACAAUACCGGUCAACCGAUGACCUAUCAGGAAUUUACGAAUAAGUAUUCCUGUAAAACUAACUUCCUUCAAUACUAUCAAGUUAUUAGCGCUAUCCCAAAGCACCUAUUAGCCAAAGUAAAAUCAACGAAGCCAAUUAAUAAAGAGUUAUAUUCUGAUAAUAAUCUUAGUCUACAAUUAAAUAAAUCGAUAACUCUAUAUCUGAACAAAAUCAAGACUAGCGACUUCUAUACGUUAUUAUGCACAAAAAUCCACACAACAGGUCAUUCUGGGCCACAGAGAUGGAGCAAAGAUCUUUCCUUGGAUGAAGAUAAAUGGGAAAAAAUAUUCACCUCCCUAAAAACCGUCUGUAGAGAGACCAAAUUAAAGGAAUUUCAAUAUAAAUUAAUCCACCGAAUUGUAGUCACCAAAAAGGAACUUUACCGCUAUGGAAUCAAGGAAGAUGAUGAAUGUAUAUAUUGUGGUGAAAAAGACUCUAUUAAUCAUACUUUUAGAGAUUGUCAUUUCGUCAAGAUUUUCAUUCAACGGGUUAUCAACUGGUUCAAUAUAGAAAACAAGAUCAAUCUCAACCCAUCUAGCGAAGAAAGACUGUUCGGCAUCCUCUCGGACUUACAUGAAAAGGUACUAGUAAGGAAAUUCAAUUAUACCAUGUUGUUUAUGAGAUACUACAUCUACGCCAACAAACUACACAACAAACCAAUUCUCCUCCAAGACUUCGUUGGUAAAAUGAUAAUUAAAUACAGAAUUGAAAAGCUAUAAAAUAGACAUGAAAAGUAACUCCUCUGACCUUUUUUUUUGUGUGUGUGUGUUUAUGUGGGGGUGUGUGUGUGUGUGUGAUGUACUAGAAUUGUAAGUAGUGUAACCAUUGUAAUUAUUAGUAGUACGAGCAUCGUAUGGAUGGUAUUGUCAGUAUAGCCAAUAUUGUAAAUAGUGCAAGUAUAGUGAAUAUUGUUAGUAGUAUUUAGUUUCAGUAGUGUUUAGUACUGUAAACAUUUAAUAUAUGUCUGUAAGGCAAAAAUAAAUUUAAAAAAAAACAACAAAAAAAAAAAACAACACUAACUUAUUAAACAUAACGUAUGGAAAAUAUCCCAAGCUAUGCGAAAAGAUUAUGACUAGAAAUAUGAACAAUAACACCGUAGGAAACACGCACCAAUCAGCAAUUGAAAUGCAAGUUAAAAGUAAAAGUUAAGAAAGGUAAUCUUUCAAAAGAAAAUUUUGAACGUAGUCAAUAACAUAGAUAUGGAAUUUCUCAUUUCUUACCGGACUUCCAGUAAAUGUGAGAAAUUUCAUACCAACCCAGUCUUGCUGCCUCAAAACUUAACCAUGCCAACGCCCAUUUAACAUUGUUGAUUAUCUCACGCAGUCGGAUGACUGCUCCGCUACACUUUCCUUUUAGGGAAAAGGGGAGGAGGUGGGUAAAAACAGACAGCGUCGGAUAAAAACAGAAAGCGCCUUCACUCGAUGAAAGUGUGAAAAGAAUGAUCAGUAAUCGAUACUCGCCUCGAUGUCAUACGGGCUCAACUCCCUAGAGGGUGAAUGCUAAAAAUGUACCAUCCUAACCCAUCUAAUACUUCCUGGAUUAUGUAACGCCAACUUUCUUUUAAGCGUCACACAUAAGUACAGAAAGAUAUACUAAACAACAAUUCGUUGAACUGUUUCAGGAUUUAAUUACUAUUAUCGAAAAACGUUUUGUAAGUUUAUUUGACAUUAUAAGAAAACUUUAUAAAUAAACUGUUUUUGUAACCACCAGACAAUUUACACUUUAUCUACAAGGCUCAUGUACAAGCUUCUCAGUUAUUUCAAGGCUGUAACAUUUUGCUUGUUACAUUUCGCGUUGAAAAUAUUGUUUCAUUUUGCGUCAAAAAGUUGUUACAUUUCGCGUUAAAAAGUUGUUACAUUUUGUGCCAAAAGUUGUUACAUUUCGGGUUAAUGUUACAUUUCGCGUCAAAAGUUGUUACAUUUCGCGUUAAUGUUACAUUUUGCGUCAAUUGUUACAUUUUGCGGCGUAACAGGGUGUCUCCCUUCCCCUCAUUGUCUCCUCGUAUAUGUAUGUUGGUCUCUUACAAGAAAAAAAACAAUGUGAAAGAAGCAAAGGCAAGAAUCGCCAGCCGGUAUACCCAGCGCAGCGAAAGCGCAAUCCGGAGGUGGGGGUUCGGUGCAUGGUGGUACCGAGUUGAACUCCUCGGCCAUUCUUAUAAAAAGCAAACUACUUUGCCAAUUGACAGUCAGUGUUUGAUUUGAUUAUUUUUCAAUAAUUAUUUUAGUGCCGUGUACAUGUAAACUAGCUAUAGCCCUGGGGCGGGGAAGGGGGGGGGGGGACUUCGCAUAUGAAAGGGGGGGGGACUCGUCGUCUCGCUCAGGGGCGUAAAUUUCGGUUUUUGGUCUCACUUAGGGCCUUCCAUGAUAUUUAGCCGUGAAUGUCUCGCUUAAAGUUGCACGCCAAAAAAUAUAAUAUAUAAUUAUAUAUAUAUAUAAUAUUGUCUGUGUUUUAACAUGGCCUCUUUUAGGGGUCAAAAAAGCUUGGGCCAGGCCCAGAUCGGUCUCCUUAAGGGGUUUAAUUCAAAAUUUCCGACGAGCAUCCCCACCCCUUUCAUAUGUGGAGUCCCCCCCGGGGGCCAUAGCACCUAAGUGUAUUCCCACGAUCAAAAAAAGCAACACUACAUUUACAUAUUGUAAGAUGUGACGUGGACAUAAUGAAAUUGGAAGUACUGAGUUAACUUAGGUUUUAUUUUGCGUAGAUAUGGUGACAAAACUCCCAGGUCGUUUAUUGGCCGUCUGUUUGGUGUGUUAUGGAUCCUUCUUGGUCUCAUUGUCAUUACCAUGUUUACUGCCACAGUAACUUCCGCUCUAACUCUCAGCUCCUCGCCACAAUUUAGCAAUUCAUUGGAAGGACUGGAUGUGAGUGUUCAAUUAGAUUACGAGAUUGUAAGCGAUGUCCCUUCUCAGGGCACGGAAAAGAUCGCAAAAGAAAAAACAAGGGAAGUUGCAAAAAUUGAAACUUAAAAGGUUACUUAUCAGCAAGGUUAUCAUUUAUAAUUUUUGAAGCUGAAAAUCAGUUUGUAAACUUUCUUAUUUUCUGAAAAUUUAAAUGAAUUUUACUGAAAAUGUAUUACAAAAGGUGUAAAACCGAAGUUAUCAAAGAAAAAAUCGUCUCAAAGAAAUUCUUGCAAGGAUACGACGCUUUGAAAAAAUAACAAAUUUCCUAGAAAUUAAAAUGUUUUUACCUAUACCGACUAGUGGAAGUAGUGCUAAUCUCAUAAGAACAGAAAACUGGCCUUUGAUAUCGGUGGACGCCUUUCAUUAGGGGUAGAACCUUUCGACUAUCUUUGCACUGACUAAACUUUCUUUUCGAUCAAUUCCGAAAAAAAGAAAGUCUUCUAAAAGAAAACUUCAGUCAUUUCAAGCUAUAAUUAACAAAUUUCAUAGCGACCAAUUAAAAUUAACAAGUGGUUGCUUAUGAGAAUAAAACCACUGGAUGUUUCUUCCAAGAUUAGGUCCGGACUUAUCUAUCUUAUAACCCUUUAAGUCCCGAUAGUGACCAACAUCAAUUUUCUCCUAACAAUAUCCAGUAAUUGUCAAGAGAUGCAGUUAUGAGAAUUAACAAAUGAUCACCGAUAAGAAAAAACCUUGAUCUGUUAUUAAAUUCUCUCAACUGAUUCUUAAAGGAAAUGUAUGGAGAUCAGUUUGGAGAAUUUGUAUGUUGAUAUUGGGACUUAAAGGGAUAAUAUGGAAGAUAACUCAGUUUUACACGCAAUUUCUAAGUUACGAUAUGUAUAGAUCCAUGCCGUCGCUAAAAGUUCUUACAAAGAACAAAGAGGUUGAAAACAAUAGAAAAUAAUAAAACCGUCAUCCUCCAGAAGUGUUCGCGGUCUCUUACAGGAGGUUGUCGUUUACGAGAGGUUUGGAACUUUGAGGAUUUGACUGGAAAAUGUAUGGUGUUUUGGAUAAGUGAUGCUUAUGGGAGGUGAUUGUUUAUGAGAGGUGGUCGCAUAUGGAGACAAACCCAAAGCAAGGGGCGCACAUACACCAACCCACCGCCUGGCCAGCACCUCACGCAUGCGCGGAGGUUGACAACUGUAAUUUUUUUUUCAAAUAAAUCCAGCACUGGUUUCACUUUAUCAGCUGUCCUACACGGCGUUUAUUUCGCCAAACAUUGCUUAAGUUCUCCGUACAGCCGGUCCUAACUUUGAACUAUCUGUCUUGGAAUCUGUAAAUUUAGUUUAAUUUAUGGAAAAAAAUGAUCGUUUUUUGCCUUUGUUCUGACUCCUUUUUACAGGUAGGUGUGCUGUCACAAGAUAUUAAAGCUCAGGAUGAAGCAAAUUAUACUGGCGCAAUUUCUUAUCGUAAGUUCUUUCUUAAGUUACUAGUCAGCCCAGAAAGAAAUUUGUUUUGUUUUGAACCAAGCCAAGUUGGCCUAAUGUGAUACUUCAUCCAUAAACCUAUUAGUCUUCCAUAGUCAUAGGACUGGGAGGGAUGGGGGGGAGUUUUGAGAAACGUUUUAUACAGGAAGGCUCCGCCCCAAGGUCCAAAACGGCCCCUUACCCUUUUAUAUACCAUUUUUGACAGAAAACGUACCCCUUUCGUAUACUUCCUAAUGAAAAAUGUAUCCCUUUCACAACCCAAGUUUAGAACUUUGUAUCCCUUUUAACUGCUGUAAAUGAAUUGUCUUAAUUUUAAAUAUGAACAAAUCACAAAGUUUUGUCGACUCUUUCGCAGCCCUGAAAUGCAUCUGUUAGCCCGUUUUAGCAUUUUGACAGACCGAAAUGACAGAUUUCCCUACACUUUCAUAUACUUCAACUAAUGAAAUCCCUACCCUUUUAUAUACCUGAGUGAAGCCUGAAAAAGUACCCCUUUCGGGUGGAGCCUCCCUUUAUAGGCUUUUAUAGGGAGGUCCCCCCGAGAUCUUAGGAUGUUAUCUAUAAACCUUUAGACGUUAGAACAACCCUCACCCUUAGUUUUAUUGUUGUUUUUUACUUUCGGCUUAGUGUACGACGAUCCUGAAGCUUUGUAUAAUGCUUUGGUAGAUUACGAUGUGGAUGGCAUUUUUAUGGAGAGACUUCAAGCUUAUUACCAUUUCAGCGGAAAAACUGAGGACGAAAACUUGCGUAUAUUUGAAGUGAUUCAUGCGGAAAUAACAUACAAGAUGGCACUUAAAAGAAGUACAACGUGUAGAUUUUUAGAGAAAAACUUUUGCUUUAGGCGGCGAAUAGAACAUCCUUUGAUAGACACGUUUGUCAAACGAUACACUGUGCCUUUGAAGGUAAUUUAUUUUGUAUUUUUGAGCUUGUAAGAACAGUGUCAAACGUUAAGGUAGAGGUAGUCAGAUACAAUUAUACCGGUUUAAAACAAAAUAGUCUCCCCAAAUUUGAUAAACUUGUUCAAUUACUAAACACCUAGAACACUGAUCCACAAGCCGAAAACCUGGUCGAUAGCUCGCACCUACUGUACAGAAAGCUGUCAGAUGAAUUUGCAUUACAUCGCCUUUCCUCUAUCCCUUUUUCCAUCUCUUGCGGAGAGUUCUAUAUGUGCAUCACUACCACGCGAGCAGAGGCCCCUCGACUUACGGCCUCUGCUCCCAGUGGGGGAGGGUAGUGCCUCACCUCUUGCGGCUAAGUUCCUUUUCAUCCUUCUCUGAAUGAGCGGCUUACGCUAAUUUUCGUCAAAAUUUUACCGAGUUCCAGAGGAAGUAUGAUAAUCGUAUCUACUACGCGCUGUUGUCCGUUAAGUACUUUCCAAAAUAUCAAUUUGUUUAUUUUUCUUAAUCAUUCUAGGUUUUUAGGCCAUCCGUGGAUACAGAAGGUCUGAUAUCGGGAAGUUCCUCCCACACUGGAAUUUUACUUCUCACCAUCUUGGGCAUCCUGGUUGGUCUCGUUUUGCUUGGCGUUUUGGUCGAUAUUUUUGUUCUAAAAUCGGAAAAGCGACUCUGCUCUUUUCGUAAGUUCACCAAUUAA